AUGCAACGACUCCGGCUGAUACCAAGACCUACCGUUUUGCGCUUUAACUGGAAUGUUAGGCCAAUUCGCCUGCAAAGUACCUACCAGGAGCGCUAUGCAGAAAAGCUGAAGCAAAAGCUUGACGAAUUGGGUCUGAAAGACAUAGAGGAAUAUAGAUCGAAAACCAAGGAGUCUGUUGAUGUAAAGCCGGUAGAACCCCUGGAGGCCUUUCCAAAAGGUCCAACCUCGAAGAAAGCAUCACCAAACCCGCGAAAAGACAGUUCUCCGGUAACACCACUGUCAGACAUUAUGGAUCUUGGGCGAAUAUUGCAAACUCCUCAUACUUCAGAGCAAAUUGGGGCCCUAUGGACGACCUAUCAUACUGCAAAGGCGACACAAGGCAAAGGUUUCCUCUCGGCAGUCAUCCCCCGGGAAACAUAUGAAUCCUUCCUGCCCGCGGCGAAGAAAUAUCCCUCUUUUAUUCUCCCAGUACCACGACCAGAAGCUCAAGUUGAGCUGAAGGAGGGUGAAGAAAGCCAUAGGACCCCAUACGAAUUCUUCUACAUGGAGUGGGGACACCAUUCUGCCCCACCCGUGCCAAAUUCGGACCCUUUUGCCAAUGCGAAGCCACCUCAACAUUCUCCAAAUCCUCCCUGCACUACAGUCAUCUUCACUCCACUACAAGAGUACAAAUUACGGCAGGCGUACGCUCUGCCACACCUCGUACUCACUCAUUACACCGACCUCGCCCAGUCCCACGGUUUAGUCCUCAUGCGUGGAGAGCUGACUGCAUCAACAAACGAUCCUGGUCGAUUCCUUAUGACCCCGUCGACCGCACAGCUGCUUGCGUUUGGACUGCAGCAGUAUUACCUCCCCAAAUCCGAUAAUCGUCACGCAAAGCUUCUCACAACAUUCCACGAGAACCCGGAGCAAUUCUCCUGGGAAGAGUUGAUCUCGGCGUCGCAAUUAUGA